GUCUGUGCUCGCCCGGUCAGGGCUCCCAGGACCGGACGCUCAGCCCGGGCUUCCGCUCCUCAUGAACGCGCGGCUCCCUCUGCCCUUCGUCGUUCUACGGGCGAGGGAGCUGCCGGGCCGGGGUUGCUCCCUUGCUCAUCCUCGGUGUAGCGAGCUAGACACCACUGAGAUAGAAGCCUCCCGGUGGUCUAGAGCGUCCCCGGAAGUGGCUCGGGGAAGGCCGCGAGGAGCGGACCAGUGGAGAGCUGCGUGGCCGGCAUUUCCGGCCGGUAGUGGCGGCUCGGGGUCCACAGUUCCUGAAGUGUAUGGUAAGACAGCGUUGUCAAUCCUGGUGAGAAGUGUUCCCAGCUCAGAAACCUGGACACUUUGAAAGGGAAAAACUGCCACCUCUUGCCAUCUGUGUGAAGGCCCAAGGCUCCAGCGACACCCAGCUGUCCCGGGUAACUCAACCCUGUCACCUCUCCUGAAGAGAACAGUAGCCUACUACACUACUAGAACGUGAGGCCUAAGUGUGCUGGAGCCUCACUAAAGGGAAACUGAGGCACGUCACUGCUGUAGGCAGCGAGCAGAGCCAAGAAUGAACUUGGCUUGACCCUAGGAUCAGUCCUGUGCAAAGGCAGACAAGAGGAGGAAGAGACUGUGGCCCAGGGGCCAGAGAGAAAGAUAGGUAGGGAAGGACAGGCCCAGCCCAGCCUGGACUACCUCCUCAUGGCCUCCAACCAGGCUGCAACCAAGGGCAAGGGGGAGAAGCGGAAGCGAGUGGUGCUGACCCUGAAGGAGAAGAUUGACAUCUGCACCCGGCUGGAGCGCGGUGAGAGCAGGAAGGCCCUGAUGCAGGAGUAUAACGUAGGCAUGUCCACUCUGUAUGACAUCAAAGCCCACAAGGCCCAGCUGCUCAGGUUCUUUGCCAGCUCGGACUCUCGCCAGGCGCUGGAGCAGCGGCGCACGCUGCACACACCCAAGCUGGAACACCUGGACCGAGUGCUUUACGAGUGGUUCCUGGUAAAGCGGGCUGAGGGCAUCCCCGUGUCAGGCCCUAUGCUCAUUGAGAAGGCCAAGGACUUCUAUAAGCAGAUGCGGCUGACAGAGCCCUGUGUGUUCUCCGGAGGGUGGCUUUGGCGUUUCAAGGCCAGGCACGGCAUUAAAAAGUUAGAUGCCUCUAGUGAGAAGCAGGUGGCCGACCACCAAGCUGCUGAGCAGUUCUGUGGCUUUUUCAGGAGCCUCGCAGCUGAGCACGGGCUGUCCCCUGAGCAGGUGUACAGUGCCGACGAGACCGGUCUUGUCUGGCGGUGCUUGCCGAAUUCCACCCCGGACGAUGGCACUGUGCCCCGCUUCAAACAGGGCAAGGACAGACUGACUGUCUUAAUGUGUGCCAAUGCCACAGGCUCCCACAGAAUCAAGCCCUUGGCCAUUGGGAAGGGUGGUGGUCCCAGAGCCUUUAGAGGCAUCCAGCACCUGCCUAUUGCUUACAAGGCCCAGGGUAAUGCCUGGGUAGACAAGGAGAUUUUCUCAGACUGGUUCCAUCAUAUUUUUGUCCCCUCGGUGAGAGAGCACUUCAGAGCCAUAGGCUUGCCUGGAGACAGCAAGGCAAUUCUCUUGCUGGACCAUUCGCGGGCCCACCCACAGGAGUCCGAGCUCGUGUCGGAGAAUGUCUUCACUAUCUUCCUGCCUGCCAGUGUGACCUCCUUACUGCAGCCCACAGAGCAGGGCAUUCGCCGAGCCUUCAUGAGGCUCUUUAUUAACCCUCCUGUGGCCUUACAGGGCUUCCCCACCCGCCACAGCAUGAACGAUGCCAUAGUCAAUGUGGCCUGUGCCUGGAAUGCUGUGCCUAGCCAGGUCUUCCGGCGGGCCUGGAGGAAGCUGUGGCCCACAGUCACGUUCACUGACGGUUCCUCCUCUGAGGAGGAAGCCGAGUGCUGCAGUAUCAAGCCUCACAAUAAGGCGUUCACACACAUCCUUGAGCUCGUCAAAGAAGGGCCCUCCUGUUCUGGCCCCAGGCUUCAGAACAGCAGGGCUGAAGAGCAGGGGGUGGCAGGGAGGGACAUGGGUGAGGCCCCGUCCCAGGCCACUGGGCAGGCAGAGAAGGACGCUGGUGAGGAUGACGAGGCAGCCUGGGAGCAGGCAGCCGCCUCAUUCGAGGCGCUUGUGCGCUUUGCGGAGCAGCAGCCGUGUUUCACCGUGCAGGAGCUGGGGCAGCUGCAGGCCCUGCACACGGUGUUCAGGAGACAGCAGCACCUGAGGCAGCCGCAUGUGGCGCUCAGGGCUGUGAUCAAGCUUGAGGCCCUUCAGGAGCACCCUGGUGUGUGUGUGGCCACAGCCCGCUCUUCCUUGCCCUGCUCAUCCACAGCAGGUGACAACUGAAGAACCUUGGCUGCCCCUGCUGGCCCCCGGCCGCUCUGCUCUAUAACUUACGGCCGUGGGGCCCAGACAGCCUGCUAGUCAGAGAGCACACUCAGCCGAGAGCAUGGCUCCUUGUUUACACGAGGGUUCCGGAUGUUCUGGCUAGUGAUUUUACUGUAGCUCUUAACACAGAUGGAUGCCAUUUGAAUGGCAGGAGACAUGUGCCCUCUCCCUCGGCACUCGGGAACCUCUAGCUGCAGCUGGGUCCAACGGGCCAGAUCUGCCUCUGGUGUUGGAAGACUGAGCCAUGUUAUUAGGUUGAAGUGCCUUGAGGGGUGUCCCUCCAGCCCUCAAGAGGCUCACUUGAGGUCCAGCUGGUGAACCCCAAGCCCAGUCCUGAGGGCACUGGCUCAGCUCCUAACCUCAGUGCUCACGUCCCCCACUAGUAGCAUCGGUACCAUGUCAUCUUCUUAGUCUGAACCCACCUCAGCCAUGGACAGACAAACUCAGUGGUGAGACUCUAGUGUCCCUGUCAGCAGCAGGCCUUUCUCUAGGGUUCAGGUUCCAUGGAGACACUGCAUACUAGUUUUAGCAUUGCUCAGAGGCCAACGUGUCCAGAAGUCCAUGCUCCCCAAAACUUGGAAGUAACAGCCUUUAUGUGAACAGCUUGCAUGAAGUCACAGAGCAGCACUUGGUGACCUGGAACUCGGCAGGGAUAGGCAGGCUAGCAGUAUUGCUGUGGAAGCUGCUUCUGCACUGGUUGGUUCAGCCAGCUGUCAGAACAUGACUUUCCUGACUUUGGAGCUGGUGAGCAGCACCGUAGCUGCUGUGUCUGACUCCCAGCACCCUUUGCAGCGGUUAGCUCUCAGUUCUUUCACCAUGACUUUGCCUUUGGGAUUCACAUAGCUGAGUUGCCCCGGUUUUCAGUCCAGUGUUUGACAGCUGCUUCAUCAAGAGACCUUUGUGGAACCUAUGAGAGCCAGGGGCUUGGGGAACGUUGGUUUGUGUUUCUGUGUCUGUUCAAACACUGAGGAUGACUGUUGCAGACAGCUCUAGCUGUGGCUGAACGUCUUCUUUACCUGCAUGUGUGAACAUU